AUGGGUUGGUUCGACGAUAGCCGUGAUGCACACCAGCAAGUCUACGGUGAGGAGCGACACGAAGCCAAGUUCUCGCACGAAUUGAUCGGUGGUGCCGCCGCUUUCGAAGGCAUGAAGCUCUUUGAGGAUCGCCAACGCAGAGAAGGCAAGACCGUCUCCCAUUCAUUCGCCAAAGAGCUCCUCGCGGGCUUCGCCGGUGCUGAAGUCGACAGACUUGCCGAGACCAAAGGCAUGGAUGAAUACGACCGCGUAGAAGCCAAGAGGCACGCCACCAGGUCCGCCGAGAAUAUGUAUGAUCAACAUUACGGAAACGAUGAUCAGUAUAACCCCGAUCAGCGAGAUCAGCCCAACUUCAAUUAUUAG